AUGGCAACACAUGAGGCUUUGUAUGGGAGGAAAUGUAGAACACCUCUGUGCUGGACUAAACUUAGUGAGGAUAAAUUGAUAGGCCCUGAUUUGGUGAGAGAAAUAGAGGAGAAAGUAAAGCUCAUCAAGGAUAGUUUGAAAGCCACCUCAGAUAGACAGAAGUCUUAUGCAGAUUUGAAGAGGAAAGAUAUUGAAUACGAAGUUGGCAAUAAAGUCUUCUUGAAGGUGCCAACAUGGAAGAAAGUCCUCAGAUUUGGGAAAAAGGAUCCCUCACAUGUCUUAUUAGCAGAGGCCAUUGACAUACAACCUGAUUUGACAUAUGAAGGGGAACCAGUAAAGAUCUUAGCAUGA